GUCUAUUUUCUGAAAAUCCCUGUCAAAGUUUUGAUGAUACGCAGAAUGCAGCGAUCUUCUGCAUCUCACGCACUUUCGAAGUCGAAAGCUCCGCCGGUGCCCCCGGCAAGAAAAACUAACACAACGGGCUCAGUUUCAGACGCACGUGCGAAGAUGAUACUAAAAGAAGCUGUUGAUGCAGUCGUCAAUAGCUUUGCGAAACAUACCCAAGGUUACGGACGAGUGAACGUAGUUGAAGCGCUACAGGAGUUCUGGCAGAUGAAACUAGCUAGAGGAGCUGACCUGAAAAACGGAGCCCUUGUCAUCUAUGAAUCUGUCCCUUCAUCCAGUCCUCCGUAUGUGUGCUACGUCACCCUACCUGGUGGUAGCUGCUUUGGUAGUUUUCAGAAUUGUCCAACAAAGGCAGAGGCAAGACGCAGUACCGCCAAGAUCGCGCUCAUGAACUCCGUAUUUAAUGAACACCCUUGCAGAAAAAUUUCUGAUGAUUUCAUCGAAAAAGCAGUAGCCGAUGCUAAAGCGUCCUUCAAGGGUAAUACUGAUGGACCCAACAGCGGUAUUGAGGCUUUUCGAUUUAUGCUGGAGGCCAACAAAGGACGCACCAUGUUGGAGUUCCAGGAGCUGAUGACCGUCUUCCAGUUACUUCACUGGAAUGGAAGCUUAAAAGCUAUGCGUGAGCGACAGUGUUCACGCCAGGAAGUCGUUGCCCAUUACUCUCAUCGUACACUAGACGACGACAUGCGUUCGCAGAUGGCGUUAGAUUGGAUAGCGCGUGAGCAGGAGUCAUCUGGCAUCAUAUCUAGAGAACUGGGAAAUGCUGAACAAGAGCUUGAAGCCGCAAGAUUGGCAGGACGGGAAUUGAGGUUUCCCAAAGAAAAGAGAGACAUUCUCAUGUUGGCUUGUAGUCAGGUGAAUUCUGUGAACGGCUUGUGUUAAGCUUCCCACUCCACCCCGGCUUAAUACUGUAUAAAGUGUAAAUAAUGAAAUGGAAGUCUGCUUCUGUGAUGUCUGCGCGAAUCGAGGACGAGGGUUCUUCACAGUAGCUAUGUGUUCCAAUCAAUAUCUGAUUCUUAGAUCACUUUGUUGUAAUUUAUUGCCCAGUGUUUCAAGAGGGAAAACUUCGCGCCUUUUUCUUCUUCUUUGUGCUUCCUGAUGGGCGCAUGCGCAACAGUUGCUUGUGAUAAUUUUUAUCUACUCCACAAUAAUCAACCUAGUUGGCAGCACUUAUUUUUUUUGGUGAAUUCCUGAACUUGAUGAUAACCAUAUUCUCAAACAAAUCGCUCUAAUAUUGUGCUAUUACUUUGCUGUUUAACUAAUUCUGUCAGUAACAAUAGGGCCCAGAAGAAAUGAAACUUGGUUCGUUGUUGUGUACAAUUUUGUUCAACACAAGCACUGGAAGGACCUAAUUUCGUUAACCUAUCUCAUUCGAAUUCUUUUUUCAAAAGACUGAGUAUAGUUCUGGAAAAUAUUAGUGUAGGGAAUGGAUGAUAAAAAAACAACUGAUUUCGUUAUAUAUCAAUACCUUAAUCCAAGCUUUGAGUCCUUCCAAAAUAGUUUUGUUCUCUACUUAAUGUAAUACAAGGAUAAAGUGUACUUUUUUGUAGCAAAAAUAAAACCAAACCUGCCUAUAA